AUGUCUUGCGAGAAAGACGACACUGAAAUUUUGGAAUCAUCCAACCGUGCUCGUAUUAUCGCAGGCGCAGUUCGAGAAGCUUGUUGCUUAGCAACCAGCACGGACAAGCAAGAUUGGGAAAAGGCACAUCAAAUGAUAAUUCAGAACAAACAUUUAAUUGAGGAUGAAAAGAAUGUAAUAAUUAAUCUUUUACGUCCUAAUGCUAAUUAUUAA